AUGGAGGUUUGCUUACCUACAGAUGAUGAAACUGCACAAGGAAGAAGUAACUGGAAAGGUGUUUUGAAGUCUUAUGUGUUUCUUGAUGAACAUGUUCAGUUUAAACUGAAUAAUGGGAAAUCUAUUAGGUUUUGGCUUGAUAAUUGGACACAAAAUGGCACACUGAAAUCCAGGUUUCCAGCUAUCUACAAAGCUUGCGGUAUUAAGAAGGCUUCUAUUUUUGAUAUGAUUGUGGAAAGUAGGUUACAAUGCCAGACAAGAAGGAAUUUGUACCUUAAUGAACAACUUGAAUGGGACAUGUUGUGCAAUCAGUUGGGUCCUUUUCAUGGUCUUAAUGAAGAAGAGGAUGAAGUGGAUAUAAUGGGAGGUUUUAAUGUCAAGAAAUGCUAUGAAACUUUGUUACAAGAUGGUACAAAUUAUGAUUUUAACAAAUUUUUGUGGAAGAAAGGAAUCCCUCCUAGGGGAAGUUUCAUGAUUUGGGCUCAUUUUCAUAACUCAUUGCCUACAGUUACAAUGCUUAACCAUAGAGGGGUACAUAUUCAGAGUGUGCAAUGUCUCUUUUGCAACUCUGAGGAGGAAACAACAAAUCAUAUCUUUGUAGGAUUCUCUUUUGCUUUUGAAGUUUGGUCUUAUUUUAUCAAGGCUUUUAAGGUUUCUUGGGUUGCUGCAAGAACUGUCGCUACUAAUUUUGAAGCUUGGCGAGUGAGUCCUUUACAUGGUAAGAGUAGGAAGGUGAGGGAUAAGUUGAUUUAUGCAGUUCUGUGGCAUUUGUGGACGGAGAGGAACAAUAGGAACUUUGGAGGACGAGCAAUGGUCGCGGAGGAGGUCAUUAUGUUGAUUAAACAGACUCUAGUACUUUGGUUUUAUGGGAGCGAAGUCUUUAAGGAUUAUACUGUUAAUUAA